AUGAGUUGUCCAACCAAGUCUGGGACCUUCAACCUCAGGAAGCAUGUACUUGGAUGUAAGGCAUUCCUCGCAUGGAAGGCCGCAAAAGCAUUUGAAGGGAAGGGUAGACAGACAGAGUUAACUCCUGAUGAAGAAGGCAAUAUCACUUUGUAUAAGGUGUCUGAAGAUGUUUUCAAAGAGGCAACCAAUGAGUUGAUUGUAUUAGGCGAGUUUCCUUUGGCCUUUAUUGAAAGCUUGGCUUGGAGACAUUUCUGCUUAAAAGUUCAGCUGCAUCCGCCGGUUUGUAGGAAGACAUCUACAAAGGACAUUGUGGCCAUGUAUGCAGCAAGGAAAGCUCAAAUGAAGAAAGUUCUUGGACUGAACAAACAACAGUUAUCUCUGACGACAGACAUCUGGGUUGUUCCGUACACUUCAGCAAGCUACAUGGUGAUCACUGCUCAUUUUGUUGAUGCAAGUUGA